AUGGGGAAUAUAAAAGUUGAAUUUGCCGUGCAAAUGAAAGGCGAAAAGUGGGAAGAUAAUAUACGAAAUGCCCUUAAGGGUAUGGGUAAAUUGGAGCUGGACAAUAAACAAGGUCGGGUAAUUGUACAUACCAAAGAACCCUGGUAUAGGCUGCAGGAGAAAAUUGAGGGCACCGGUUGCAGUGCAGUACUGGCAGGUUUUGGCGGGCAAUCUGCCGUAUCCAUUAUCAAUACAACCGGCAGUGAUGUUGAUCGUUGCCCCAUACAGGGUGUAAUACGUUUUACAGCAAUACGCAAUGAUAAACCGGGAGUUGUUGUGGACGGUGUGGUGGAUGGCUUAACACCCGGCCUGCAUGGUCUUCAUGUUCAUGAAAGUGGUGAUGUUUCAGCUGGUUGUGCAUCCGUUGGUGGUCAUUAUAAUCCACGAGGUUCUCCGCAUGGUUCUCCGGAGGAUGAUGCAAAUAACAGACAUGCUGGUGAUUUAGGAAAUAUAAGAGCUGACCAGAAUGGCAGAGCAACAUUCCGUUUUAUGGAUAAUAUUUUGGAGGUUUAUGAGAUAAUUGGACGUUCUGUGGUGAUAACACAGGGACCAGAUGAUUUGGGUCGUGGCGGUAAUGAGCAAAGUCGUGUUGAUGGAAAUUCGGGAGACAGAAUUGCUUGUGGCAUAAUUGCCCGUUCGGCUGGUAUUUUACAAAACUUUAAAAAGAUUUGUGCCUGUGAUGGUGUCACAUUAUGGGAUGAACGUUAUAAACCCAUUGCGGGUGGUACUCGAGCACAGAAAUUGUAG